AUGUUGAAGUUUGCAUUCAGAGUUGAUAAGUCAUCGAGACGUUUGUUUGUUGCUAAAUGUUCUGUUAAAGGAUGCCAAUGGAGGGUUAGAGCAGCUGUAAAGAACGAAGCAAAGACGUUUUGGGUCACUAAAUAUGUCAAAACUCAUACCUGUUCUGUUUCAGAUCGGUUGGCUCACCGAAAGCAUACGACUCCAAAAUACAUUGGAAAGUUAUUUAUAGAGCGUGUGGGGAUAAUUAAUGGGAUUACUGCAGAACACAUCAAAGAUUCAAUGCAGGCGAUGUUUCAAUUGAAAAUAGACUACACAACUUUGCAUAGAGCUUUGAUGUAUGCACAAGAAUGUGUGAGGGAAACCCCUGAGGAUGGAUAUAGCCGACUACCUUCUUAUUUGCGACUGAUCGCUGAAGCAAAUCCGGGUACUAUAACUGCCCUUGAACGCGAUAGUCAGAAUAGGUUCAAGUACCUAUUCUUAGCCUUCAGAGCCUCCAUUGCUGGUUUUCAAUAUCUCAGACGGGUCAUUGUUGUCGAUGGGUGUCAUCUGACUGGAAAGUAUGAAGGGACUCUGCUAGUGGCCACAACACAAGAUGGUAACUUCCAGAUAUUUCCACUAGCUUUUGGAAUAGUGGACUCUGAGAAUGAUCACGCAUGGGAAUGGUUUUUUAGAAAAUUGCGGGAGUGUUUUACAGAUGAGUAUCCGUUGGUGAUAGUUUCAGACCGGCAUCAUUCCAUUAAGAAGGCAUGUGAGACUGUUUUACCAUGGGUAACACGCGGUAUAUGCUAUUAUCAUCUGCAACACAAUAUUGUCACUAAGUUUAAGGGGAAGCAUCUUAUGUACUUAGUCAAACGUGUUGCGUAUGCAUAUACGGUACAUGAUUUUAACCGUUAUAUGGACGAGAUAAGGCAUAUAAAACCUGACCUUGCAACAUACCUGGAGGAGGCAUGCAUUCAGUUGUGGUCAAGAGUUCACUUUCCAGGUGAUAGAUACAAUAUAAAGACGAGCAACAUCGCAGAGUCUAUCAACUCUGCUCUCAAACGGGCACGGGGAUUUCCCAUAGUAUUCCUGUUGGAGUACUUACGGGCGAAGCUAACAAAGUGGUUUUGUAAAAGGCGGGAAGAUGCUUUGAGUCUUCCAACCAACCAUACUCGAGGAGUUGAAUAUUUGUUGGCAAUUCGUUCACAUUAUGCUGAUAAUUUGACGGUUGAAGGCAUAGAUGGUUGGCGAUUCAAUGUGAAAGGAGGAUCACAUAACUGUGUCGUUGAUUUGGAACUUCGAAAGUGUGGGUGUGGCGUGUAUGAUAUUGAGAAAAUACCUUGCUCUCAUGUUAUAGCCGUUUCAGAUGCAAUGCAUAUGCAUCUGGCCACUCUUGUAUGCCCGACAUACUCCAAAGAUUACUUGUAUGCCGCGUACUCGCAUAAUAUAUAUCCUCCAAGCAUUGCAAUGAAAACCGAUGAAACAACACAAUGUCUACCUCCGAAGGUCCGACGUAAAAAAGGCAGGCAGAGGAAGUCAAGAUGGCAAACUUGGCUGGAAAUUUCGAGGCAUAAGCAAAAGAAACCCCGUAAGAUCCACAAGCAGUACAGUUGUUCGAAAUGUCACUAA